GAGUAAACCUUCAAGUGGUGAAGUGUGCUCAAAUUGUACAGCAUUCGCCAGAUGAGACGUGCUGUGUGAUUUCAGCGAUAACAGUGAUAAGAGAGUGUCUCAAGGGAAUUUUCUCUUUGUGCUCCACUUGGAAUUACACGAGAUUUUCACAAAGUGUUCAAUAUCGUCAGUCGAAAUGACUGGUUUUGAGGAGAACGAACCUCUGCUGAAUGGAGACGCGCAGAAUAAAUCAUCCUUUUCGUAUCCUGACUUGGAGAGCAAUGACCACAGAUCCUAUGGAGCUGUCAAGAUAACUCUUCCGCGGCAGAUCCACCGAGAUCUAGUGUACACCUGGGAGAGCCUCGAUGUCUUCGGCGAUGUGGCUUCCCAGAGCAGUGGCGGCGGCGUCUGGUCGCGGUGGAAGCACUGUUUUAGCGGGAAGACGCAUCAGCCCAUGCGAACGCGCAAGCAUCUGCUGAAAAAUGUCUCAGGAUACGCGCGCGGUGGCGAAUUGCUGGCCAUCCUGGGCAGCUCCGGCGCCGGGAAGACAACCCUGCUCAACACACUGGCAUUUCGCUCUCCGUCCGGCAUUCACGUCUCUUCCAGCGCCGUGAGAGCGCUCAAUGGCAUCCCCGUGACGGCUUCUGAGCUCCGCGCGAGAUGCGCUUAUGUGCAGCAAGAUGAUCUCUUCAUCGGCUCUCUCACUGCCAGAGAGCACCUGAUCUUCCAGGCGAUGGUGCGCAUGGACAAGAACAUUCCCUACAGACAGAAACUCGAGCGCGUGGAUGAAGUCAUCUCUGAGUUGUCGCUGAUAAAGUGCCAAAACACGGUCAUUGGCAUUCCUGGGAGGAUCAAAGGUCUCUCCGGGGGCGAGAAGAAGCGCCUGUCUUUCGCUUCCGAAGCCCUCAUGGAUCCUCCGCUGUUGCUCUGCGACGAGCCCACCUCCGGCCUGGACUCCUUCAUUGCACACAGCGUGAUGCAGGUGCUGAAGAAUCUCGUGGAGAAGGGUAAAACCGUCAUCCUGACCAUUCAUCAGCCCUCGUCGGAGUUGUUCAGCAUGUUCGACAAACUCCUCCUCAUGGCGAGCGGAAGAGUGGCAUUCUUCGGAACACCGGCUCAAGCAACGCAGUUCUUCGCCAGAAUCGGAAGACCCUGUCCGACGAACUACAAUCCAGCAGAUCACUUCAUCCAAGUCCUGGCAAUUAGCACAUGCAAUGAGGAGGAAAGCCGGGAGAACAUCAACAAGAUCUGCGACGCCUUCAGCCAAGAUGAGAUUGCUGGAGAGAUCAGGAAGACCAUCAAGGCGAUGAGGAGCAGCGACAGUCACCCUGCGCCCAUCGACACUGUGAAGCGAUACAGAGCGCCGUGGAUGACUCAGAUUCGAGCCAUUCUCUGGCGCUCCUGGAUCAGCAUGAUGAAAGAGCCUCUCAUCAUGAAAGUGCGAAUCAUCCAGACUCUGAUGGUGUCCAUCCUCAUAGGCCUGAUCUACUUCCAGCAGAAGUUGAAUCAGAAUGGCGUGAUGAACAUCAACGGAGCGAUCUUUAUGUUCCUCACCAGCAUGACAUUCCAGAACGUCUUUGCCGUCAUUCACGUCUUCUGUGCCGAAUUGCCAGUGUUCCUGCGCGAGAGGAGGAGUCAUCUCUACCGCACAGACACCUUCUUCCUGGGCAGAACGCUGGCCGAAAUGCCCACUUUCAUCAUCCUGCCCAUUCUCUUCACGUGCAUCGCCUAUCCCAUGAUCGGCCUGUUGCCGCAAUUCGCCAACUUCGCCAUCUCCGCCGCCAUCAUGGCUCUCCUGGCCAACGUGGCCACAUCCUUCGGCUACCUCAUCUCCAGCAUGAGUUCCUCCACGUCCAUGGCGCUGUCCAUUGGCCCUCCCAUCAUCAUCCCAUUCUUGCUCUUCGGCGGUUUCUUCCUCAACUCCGCCUCGGUGCCCAUCUACUUCACCUGGCUCUCGUACCUCUCCUGGUUCAAGUACGGCAACGAGGCGAUGCUGAUCAACCAGUGGGCCAGCGUGCAGCCCGGAGAGAUCGUCUGCAACCACGCCAACAUCACGUGUCCCACUUCAGGAGCAAUCGUCCUGGAAACGCUCAACUUCAGAGAGGAGCACUUUAUGUACGACAUUCUGGGACUGUUCCUCCUCCUGAUCCUGUUUAGACUUCUGGCCUUCCUCACGCUGUGGUGGCGAGCGAGGAGUAGGGAAUAAGUCAUCAGCAAAGUAUUAAACUUGAGAAUCUCGAAAGCAAUUUAUGGGUAUUUUUGUGUUCUGUGUCUGUAAAUCACUAAAUAAGCAAGAGUUGGGUUUUCUAUAAAUGCAAUAAAGAUCACUGAAUGUUCUACUAUCGUACUUGUAAUCACAUAAUUCAUCUGUUUAUAGGGAGA